CUGAGUCAUUCUUCAAUCUUAUUCAUCGGUCUGAGUUAUUUUGCUUGCUCUUUGAAAUUCUGACAAUGGCAGUGAACGUUGAUGCAGAGUACCUCAAAGAGAUAGAGAAAACUCGUAGAGACCUUCGAGCUCUCAUCUCUUCCAGAAACUGUGCUCCCAUUAUGCUCCGUCUUGCAUGGCAUGAUGCAGGAACCUAUGAUGCCAAGAAGAAAACCGGAGGUGCCAAUGGAUCUAUCAGAUUCAAGGAAGAGCUAAACCGUCCACACAACAAAGGUUUGGAGAAGGCAGUCGCCUUCUGCGAGGAAGUAAAGGCUAAGCAUCCCAGAGUCUCUUACGCAGACCUUUAUCAGCUCGCUGGAGUUGUUGCAGUGGAGGUUACUGGCGGCCCUGCAAUCCCAUUUACACCAGGCCGUAAGGAUGCUGAUUCCGCGGACGAUGGAGAACUUCCAAAUCCAAAUGAAGGUGCCUCACAUUUAAGAACUCUCUUCUCUCGUAUGGGUCUAUUGGAUAGAGACAUUGUAGCUCUCUCUGGAGGUCACACUUUGGGACGUGCACAUAAGGAGAGAUCAGAUUUUGAAGGUCCUUGGACACAGGACCCUCUCAAGUUUGAUAACUCGUAUUUCGUAGAGCUUCUAAAAGGGGAGACUCCGGGAUUGCUACAACUUAAAACCGACAAGGCUCUACUUGAUGAUCCCAAGUUCCACCCUUUUGUUAAGCUGUAUGCAAAGGACGAGGAUAUGUUCUUCAAAGCCUAUGCAAUUUCACACAAGAAACUCUCAGAACUAGGAUUUAAUCCGCCAAGAAGAAUUCCUUCAGCAGUGACGCAGCAGACGCUUGGAAUCGCUGUUGCUGCAGCUGUGGUGAUCUUUACAAUAUGCUAUGAAGCAAGCAGAAGAGGCAAGUGAGGAAGUUUCGCAGAUGCAAUAAGGGACGAGAGAAAAAUGUUAAUUGAAUGUAUGCAAUAAAUACAAAGAUUCAUGCAAUGUUACCUCCAUGCUCCUUUUCAAGCUUCAGUGCUUUGGACAAAAUUAUGGAUGUUACAUCGCAGUAUGUGAACUCUCCUCAAAAACAAUUACUACUGUUACCAAAUUAAAGAUACAGAGUCUAACUGAGAAACGAACUGUGGAUGAGAAGACUAAAUUUCUUUUGGAACAACCAGGAAUAUCAAUAGCUGAUUAGGUUGCUAUAACCUUCCAACUUUUGAUGACUCAUGGUUUCCAUAACGAACAAUCUGACUCAAGAAACCAUGUUCUGUGCU